UCGCUCGUUUUUGUUUUUUUGCAAUCUUUUGUCUUUCUUUCUUUCUCUUUUUCUUUUUUUUCCCUUUUAACAGCUUUAAGGUAUUUCUACUGACAGGUGUCUUUUUUUUUUAAAGAUUUUAUUUAUUUAAGAAAGAGAGAGCAUGAGAGUGGGGAGGGGCAGAUGGAGAAACAGGCUCCCCACUGAGCAGGGAGCCUGAUGUAGGGCUUGAUCCCAGGACUCUGGGAUCAUGACCUAAGCCAAAGGCAGACGCUUAACUGACUGAGCCACCCAGGCGACCUGUACUGACAGGUGUCUUUACUAGUUUCCUAGGACUGCUGUAACAAAGUACCACAAACUGGGUGAUGUAAAACAACAAAAAUUUAUUCUCUCACAGUUUUGGAAGCCAGAAGUCCAAAAUAAGGUGUCUAUAGGGACAUGCUCCUUUGAAGGCUAUAGGGAAGAAAAUUCCUUGCCUCUUAACUCAUAGUAGUUACCAGCAAUCUUUGGCUUCCUUGGCUUGUAAUCAUGUAGCUCUUAAUUCCUACCUCUGUCUUUACAUAGCCCUGUUUCCUCUUUGUCCAUGUGUUUCUAAAUCUUUCUCUCUAAAUCUUUCACCAAUCAUUGGAUUAGGAGCCACCCUAAUCCAGUGUGACCCCAUCUUAAUUUGAAUAUACCUAUUUUUUUUUUUAAAGAUUUUAUUUAUUUAUUUGACAGAGAGAGAGGGAGAGCACAAGCAGGGGGAGUGGCAGGCAGAGGGAGAAGUAGGCUCUCCACCCAGCAGGGAGCCAGAUGUGGGACUCGAUCCCAGGACCUUGGGAUCAUGACCUGAGCCGAAGGCAGACGCUUAACCGACUGAGCCACCCAGGUGCCCUGAAUAUACCUAUUUUCAAAUAAGGUCACCUUCAUAAAUACAAAGGGUUAGGACGUAAAUAUAUAUUUGGGGGGUGGGCAGGACACUGUUAAACCCACAACAAGUGUGGUGGUCUCUAGCUGAGCCCUCCCUUUUCAAAUUUGCUCCUCUUUGUUGUUGUGGUUUAGGAACCAAAUAUCCAAUCAUUAGAAUUGCACAUAGAGGGCGCCUGGGUGGCUCAGUUGGUUAAGCGACUGCCUUCGGCUCAGGUCAUGAUCGUGGAGUCCCUGGAUCCAGUCCCGCAUCAGGCUCCCUGCUCUGCAGGGAGUCUGCUUCUCCCUCUGACCCUCCCCCCUCUCAUGUGCUCUCUCUCAUUCUCUCUCUCUCAAAUAAAUAAAUAAAAUCUUUAAAAAAAAAAGAAUUGCACAUAGAUUGGAUAUUUGGGGACAGUGAGGGUCUAUUCUAUGAGCUUUAACAUAUGAUAUUUCAUAUUAAUGUUCAAAGACCCUUUUUUAGGUCAUUAUUAUUUUGAAUUUCUAAGUGCAUUCCCUGAAUAUAGGUGACAAGUUAUUAUGCAUCAUAAGGUUAUCAUCGUAUUAGCAAGCAUUUGAUGUGCACCCGCCAUGCUAGUCGAAUGUCUAUCCUAGUAGGGGACAUGCUUCUAAAUCUUUUUUGACUGAAGAGAAAACCACAUAGGCCUAAGUCAUUUGAAUUUCUGAUGUAUGACUUUAAAAUUGCUGAACCUAAUCAUUGGUUUUGUAUGUUAUUGUUUAGAUAUCCCUGGAGCAUUUGGAUAAUGUGGUAGUUGGGAUGCAGUGAUGUCGAAUCUCUGUCCACCGCCAUCUCCGGCUGUUGCCAAGACAGAGAUUGCUCUAAGUGGUGAAUCGCCUUUAUUAGCAGCUACCUUUGCUUACUGGGACAAUAUUCUUGGUCCUAGAGUCAGACACAUUUGGGCUCCAAAGACAGAACAGCUACUACUCAGUGAUGGAGAAAUAACUUUUCUUGCCAACCACACCUUAAAUGGAGAAAUUCUCCGAAAUGCAGAGAGUGGGGCUAUAGAUGUGAAGUUUUUUGUCUUGUCUGAAAAAGGAGUAAUUAUUGUUUCAUUAAUCUUUGAUGGAAACUGGAAUGGAGAUAGGAGCACAUAUGGCCUAUCAAUUAUACUUCCACAGACAGAACUUAGCUUCUACCUCCCACUUCACAGAGUGUGUGUUGAUAGAUUAACACACAUUAUCAGGAAAGGAAGGAUAUGGAUGCACAAGGAAAGGCAAGAAAAUGUGCAGAAAAUAAUCUUAGAAGGCACAGAAAGAAUGGAAGAUCAGAAGCAGAAAUCCUCUUCAGAUUUCUUUUGGUUACUGAAAACAGGUACUAAUGGUCAGAGUAUUAUUCCAAUGCUUACUGGCGAAGUAAUUCCUGUAAUGGAACUGCUUUCAUCUAUGAAAUCACACAGCGUUCCUGAAGAAAUAGAUAUAGCUGACACAGUUCUCAAUGAUGAUGAUAUUGGUGACAGUUGUCAUGAAGGCUUUCUUCUCAAUGCCAUCAGCUCACACUUGCAAACCUGUGGCUGUUCUGUCGUAGUAGGUAGCAGUGCCGAAAAAGUAAAUAAGAUAGUGAGAACGUUAUGCCUUUUUCUGACUCCAGCAGAGAGAAAAUGUUCCAGAUUAUGUGAUGCAGAAUCAUCAUUUAAAUACGAGUCAGGGCUCUUUGUACAAGGCCUGCUAAAGGAUUCAACGGGAAGCUUUGUGCUCCCCUUCCGGCAAGUCAUGUAUGCUCCCUACCCCACCACACACAUAGAUGUGGAUGUCAAUACUGUCAAGCAGAUGCCACCGUGUCAUGAACAUAUUUAUAAUCAGCGCAGGUACAUGAGAUCCGAGCUGACAGCAUUCUGGAGAGCCACUUCAGAAGAAGACAUGGCUCAGGAUACUAUCAUCUGUACAGACGAAAGCUUCACUCCAGAUUUGAAUAUUUUUCAAGAUGUCUUACACAGAGACACUCUAGUAAAAGCCUUCCUGGAUCAGGUCUUUCAUUUGAAACCUGGUUUAUCUCUCAGGAGUACUUUCCUUGCACAGUUUCUACUCGUCCUUCACAGAAAAGCCUUGACGCUAAUAAAAUAUAUAGAAGAUGAUACGCAGAAAGGGAAAAAGCCCUUUAAAUCUCUACGGAACCUGAAGAUAGACCUUGAUUUAACAGCAGAGGGCGACCUUAACAUAAUAAUGGCUCUAGCCGAGAAAAUUAAACCAGGCCUACACUCGUUUAUCUUUGGAAGACCUUUCUAUACUAGUGUACAAGAACGAGAUGUUCUAAUGACUUUUUGAAUGUGUAACUUGUGAAGUAUAUUUUGUCACAAUCAUGAUUGCUGCUAAAGUAGCUUGGUGGUAUAGGAGACAUCAUUCCCUCGGGUCAUGCCCUAGAGUCCUACUUGGCAGUGCAGUUAAAGUUAGUUACACUACAGUUGUUACAAGUCUGUAAGGGGAUGUCAGGUGCAUCGUUACAAUGGAUGCAUCUUUUCCUAGAUGUGCUAUCUUGGGAUACAAACUUGGGUUUACAGUUAUAGUAAAUGUUACUGCUCUCUUUUAAAGAUAUAAUAAUAGAAUAAAACUUGACCACAACUACUGUUUUUGUAACUUACAGUUCAUGGUUUACAUGUAUCAAAGUGAAAUCUGAGUUAGUUUUCACAGAUAAAUACUAGUUGACUUUUCAUCUCUUGGUGUUCCUUGAACAUAGGUUAAGUUUUAGAAAGAAUAUAUUGAUCAAGCAGAUGCUUAAUUCAAAUUAAUUAUUAGAUCAUACUUGAUAGACUAGUAGUCCUUAGAGUUCAGUCUGUGUAAAAACGUCAUGCAAUACAUGUAGUCCCGAUGGUGAACCACAGUCAGGGUGUUUGUUUGUUUGUGUAUUUGUGUGUUGAGCUCUGUCAAAGAAAAUAGAGGAAAUUGGAUUUUAUGUUUUAGUAGUUAUUGCCAACUAUUUAAAUUAAUUUUUAUUAUUUUUGAGCCGAAUUGAAAUGUGUACCUCCUGUGCCUUUUUUUAUCUUGAAAAAUAUAAUGACUUGGAAGAAGUUCAGAUUACACUAGUCAGCCAUUUUUAUCUUGUUUUCCUCUUGUAGAUUCUCACCCUGAUUUGGCAGUUGUGACUCCCAAGGUUAUAAAAUGCAAUAGAGAAUAUACUAACUAGUAAGAUCUUUUUUCAGGAACAGAGAAUAGUAUCUUAUCCUUUUCUUCUUAUAUUUCUGCCCAUAUUUUUGAAGUUGCUGGCAGGUCUCUUUGCCUGCAUCUUGUGAGGAAAGCAGGAGAAACUUUACUGAUGUGCUAUUUUACUAGGUGCAACUUUGGCAAAACUAAGUGAUCAAUUUCUUUUGUUUCCUUAAUGCGUUUGGACCAUUUUGCUAGCUAUAAAAUAAGUUAUUAAUAUAAUUCUGUGCUAGAACAGUUUUGACAUAAUAGUAUAUACAAGCAGCUAAAAUAUUUUUAUUUAAAACUGUGGAAGUUACACAAAAGGGAAAAAUGUUUAUAAGAAAGGGAUAAACGUGACAGAGUCCCUCUGCUGUUGCUUACCAAAUUGAACCCAAACCAACAUGUUCUUUUCGGAAAGGUCCUAAUUGCCUUUCACAUCACUGAUCAGAAAGGUAUAGACAACCUGAUUUAUAGACACAAAUGGUACUGGAUGACUGGCGCUCUGGCUCAGUCAUGAAAGAAUUUACAGGUAGUACCUUGUUGUACGCCUUACUCAGUGUUUUCUAUGUGAGAUUAUUAAAGAGUACUGACUUGAUUAUCUUCUUUUGCUGGUUUAUUGUACUGUGAUAUAGAAUGCAAGUUGUACAGUGAAAUAAGUUAUUAAAGCAUGUGUAAACAUUGUUAUAUAUCUUUUCUCUUGGAUGGAGAAUUUUGAAUAAAAUAUCUUUGAAAUUU